AUUCGUAGGACAUGGCGAGAAAACAUGGUAGCGACUAAAAAUUAAAUAAAAGUAAAUGAAUAUUAUUCUCUCCCGACGCACAGUGUUAGUGUAUAUAUAUUUAUUACAGAAUUAAAGGUACUUAUCCUACACAUGAAGUACUUCGUCAAGACAUUGUUUAAUUGCAAUUUUCAUUAAACAUAAGGAGCUCAUUGUAGGGUUAGAAAAAAAAAGUACGAUACUUAUAAACUGGACUGUACGUAUGUCCGUGACUGAGAACUGAUACAGUGACGAUGGAUCAGGAGGAACAUUUAGCAGAACAAAGUCAGCAAAAAUUCUUCACACGUUCCACAGCAAGACAUCUUCGUAGAAAGCGAUUACAUGAUGCUCGUAGAGCUGAGAAGCAAGAAGAGUGUUUAAUUCAUGGUUCAAAUGUUAAGUUCAAUCAAGAAUUCAUCAUAGAGAGAGAUACUGACCAACCAGAACUUAUAACAAAGUCGAAAGCUCGUAGAUUACAAAAAAGAAGUAAAACACAGGUGCUUCAAAAUUGUUGUUCGUUUUGUGAAUCGUAUUGUAGAAACUCUUUGCCCGUUAUCGAAACUGUCGAUGAUCAAGACGUCGCUGAAAAGGAUUUACAGGACGUAAAAACGAUAACAAAGUCCAAAGCUCGCAGAUUGCGGAAGAAGAAUAAAAGCAAAUUGGUGCAAAACACCUGUUCUUUUUGUUACGAUACCUAUUCCCCUAUUGAUCCGAUUUUGUUGAAGUAUAUUAAAACGGCAGAUUACGAUUCAGUUUCCUGUGCCAAAUUGGACACAGAUGUUACCAAUAAUCUUAAACAAAACUACAAAUUAGAGAAAGCUAUUGAAGCACAAGUCUGUCACGAACAGUAUGACAAGAAAUUAGAGCAAACGGAAUUGAUACCAGAGAACGUACGAUUGCAAGAAAAUUGUUCGGAAUUAUCUUGUUUGUCCAGAUCACCUGGACUAUGCAAGUUCGAAAAUGAAGUACAAAUUUAUCACGAAAAACAUGACAAGGAUACAAAAGAUCUAGUACUUACGACCGAAUUAAAACAGAAGAUAGUAGAAACGAUUCAAACGAAAAUCAAUUACACAAAAGAAGAUACAAAAUUGCAGAAACAAGGAACACAGGAAUUCGAUGAUUUGGAACGUUCGUGUAAUGUGUGCAAUUGUCUCGAAGAAAUAAAUCUUGUGAAGCUUCUAAAACAUGUAGAAUAUGAGGAAAUACUCGAGGCCGUGAAGCGUUUAGAAUUUACCGAUUCCCCUCAAAUCAAUCUUCAAACUUUUGCACAAGAAAAUACUCAGCUAUUUUCCAAUAAUAUCGAACCACAAGAUGAAAGUUUAGUUAUAACAAAAAAUAGAGAGAGUACCAAUCCCAUUAAGGAACAAUCAGAAACUGAAUCAGUUUUAAAUUCUGAUUCCACGAUUACACAAAAUUAUUUGUCUAACUUGAACUCUUUUCAAGAAGGUGUAACUACUAAAGAGGAAGUAUCUUCUGAGCGAGAUAUCGAUAGAUUAUCAAAUACAUUUUCUCUUGAGAGCACUGAACCCGAUAAAUCAGGAAUUGCACCUUCGUUGACCUCGUCAGGAUCGAUUACAGUAACCGACAAUAAGAUGAACGUCUCAGAGAAGACGAGAGAAGAAGUGAAAGCUGAACGCGAAGCAAAGAAAGCCGCCAAGGCACUUGCCAAAUUAAAAGGCAAGAACCCCAAGGCACAAGAUACCUCGAACAAUAAACUUGCAGACCCUGAUAGUACCAAAAGUAGCGAGACAUCGGAAAGAACAACCAAUGAAAAGACUCAACUUCAAAAAAAAACAUCAGUAACCAACAAAACCUCGAACUCGUGUACAAAAAGUGUACCGUCGGAAGUGAAUGAUGAAGGGAAAAGCAAAGCGGAAUUACGCGCUGAAAGAAGAGCUAAGCAGGAGGCACAAAGAGCAGCCAAGCAGCAACAGUUACUACAGAAAAAUAAAGUAAACAGCAAAGAAACUGAUGAUAGCGCGCAUGUAACAAAAGGCACAGUUCAAACAGAUGCAAAGAAAAUUGUAACGCCUAAGAAAACUAUUCAGAAAGAUAACACGCAUGAAAUAAAUCUGUUUAAACAUUUGUACCAUGAAAGAGAGAAGGCUAUCGUCGAUGUUCCUUCUGUUAAUUCAAAGAUACACCCAGUGAUAGUCAGACUUGGUACACAGUACGCAAAGAAGGUAAUCGUUGGCAGCAAUGCGAGAUGCGUCGCGCUUUUGGCCGCUGUUAAGAGACUCAUUCAGGAUUUCGAGCGACCAUCUCAGGCUGAUUUCAUUAGAGGUUUAGAAGCCAGCUUACAAGAAUCUGUCGCGUACUUGCAUCACUGUAGACCCUUGGCUGUCUCGAUGCAGAACGCAUUGAGACAUUUGAAGCGCCAGAUGACACAGUUCUCUUCUGUAUCGUCGGAUGCUGAUGCGAAGAGCAAAUUAAGUAGUGGAAUCGAUACUUAUAUUCAGGAACAAAUACAACUUGCCGACAAGGCAAUAUCUAUAACUAUUCAGACAAAAAUAUCCAACGGAGACGUUAUUUUGACGUAUGGCUACUCGUCUUUGAUACAUAAAAUCCUAUUAGAUGCGCAUAUAGCUGGUAAACAGUUUCGCGUCGUCGUGGUCGAUGGAAGACCAUGGCUAGAAGGGAAGGAACAGCUCAGGCGUUUAACGAAGCACGGUAUCGAAUGCUCCUAUAUUUUGAUCAAUGCGUUGAGUUACGUGAUGCCAGAAGUAAGUAAAGUCUUCCUUGGUGCUCACGCCAUAUUGGCUAAUGGUGCUGUAAUGUCCAGAGUUGGCACUGCUCAAGUAGCCCUGAUGGCGAAAGCCUUCAAUAUUCCGGUUUUAGUAGCCUGCGAGACCCACAAGUCUUGUGAACGCGUACAAACGGAUUCUAUCGUCUACAAUGAGCUAGGCAACGCGAACGAACUCGCGCAGGGCAACGGGCUCGACGCGAAGAAAUCUUUGCUGGCUAAUUGGAAGACCAAGAAGUCGUUGAAUCUUUUAAACAUUACCUACGACGUUACACCAGCUGACCUGGUGACAGCUGUUGUUACGGAAUUAGCGAUUUUACCGUGCACCAGCGUUCCUGUGAUUUUACGAAUUAAACCUACCGAGAUUUAAAUCUCGCAGUGCUGAAACGUAUUCCUCGUUGUAUGAUACUCGUGUUCGAAUGAAAUUCGCCGCGAUAAUUGUAUUCCUUACAUGUACGUCAAAUUUAUUUUAGCUAAAAACUCGAGAUUGUAUUGCAGAGCUACGAAGACAUGUAUCGCGUUUUUCCUUUUUUUUUAUUUAUGUCCUUAAAUAAAUCGAUACACGUAUUAUUUUUAUUAUUAUUAUUGUUGUAUAUUACGUUAUGUACUUCAAAAUAAAUUCGUGAAAAGCAAACUC